UAACGUAUACUCAUCAGCCAUUUCAUUCACCAUUCUGAUCUCCACUUACCAACAACGCUAAUUGAAGCAUUAGCUCCAAGGAAUGGAUCAGGCUGCAUUUGUCAAAAGCAACUCGGUUCAAAGGGCCCCUAUGAUACUUCCCAUAGCAGUAACAGUAACAGCAUUAGUCAUUCUCGCGAUUCUCCCGAUUUACUACCCUCUGAGAAGAUACCCGUCUCAAGCAGUAGUGAAGAUCGCCGCUUCCCCUCCAUACCAUUCGGCCCAGAAACUGAUAAAGGCAGUAGAAGAUGAGGAAAAGUGUGACAUCUUUACAGGGGAAUGGAUUCCAAACCCCAAUGCGCCCUACUACACAAACGCUACGUGCUGGGCGAUCCACGAGCAUCAGAACUGCAUGAAAUAUGGAAGGCCCGAUGACGGGUUUAUGAAAUGGAAGUGGAAGCCAGAGGGGUGUGAUUUACCGAUCUUCAACCCGUAUCAGUUCUUAGACAUCGUCAGAGGCAAGUCCAUGGCCUUUGUGGGAGACUCCAUUGGCAGAAACCACAUGCAAUCCUUGAUAUGCCUCUUGUCCAGGGUGGAAUUUCCAAUUGACGACUCGGCCACGGAUGAUGACUAUUUCAGGAGGUGGAAGUACCCAAGUUACAACUUCACCCUGGCAGCAUUUUGGUCACCCUUCUUGGUUAGAUUUCAAAAACCAGGCGCAGCUGACCUCUUCGAUCUUUACCUUGAUGAGUCUGACGAGAAAUGGAGCACCCAGAUUGAAGGAUUUGAUUACGUCAUCCUCAACGCCGGGCAAUGGUACUUCCGUCCGAGCAUGUACUAUGAGAAACGCCGCCUCGUGGGGUGUCGUUUUUGUCAACUAGGGAACAUCAUAGACCUCCCAAUGACUUACGGGUAUAGAAGAGCGCUGAGGACAGCAUUCAGGGCAAUCAAUAGCUUAAAAAAUUACAGGGGUAUAACAUUUCUCAGGACUUACGCACCUUCUCAUUUUGAAAACGGGGAAUGGAACAAGGGUGGAAAUUGUCUGAGAAAGAGGCCGUUUUGGAGCAACGAGACUGCCCUGGAGGCCAACAAUUUAGAGGUUUACUUGACUCAAAUGGAGGAAUUUAGGGCUGCAGAAUGGGAAGGGAAGAAAAAAGGGUUGAGGUAUAGGUUGCUGGAUGUAACUCAAGCCAUGCUUUUGAGACCCGAUGGCCAUCCCAGCAGAUAUGGACAUUGGCCGCAUGAAAAUGUGACAUUGUACAACGACUGUGUGCAUUGGUGCUUGCCUGGACCUAUUGAUUCCUGGAGUGAUUUUUUGCUCCACAUGCUGAAGAUGGAGGGUAGGAGAUCCCACGAGGAAAAGCUUCAACCACAAACGCAGUAAAGAAAAGCUAAAAUAGAUUUUUUUUUUCUUCUCCUGCUAUACUGCUAGUACUGUUCUUAAUAUAUUGUGUGCUAUGCCCUACUGUAGUUUCUAAAGGCUCGGUACUUUAGCUAAAAUCUUGUGGAGUAAAACAUGUGCAAAAUGCAACCACCGGACUUUGGGUUGGUGACCACCAUUAAAGCAUUAAGGCUUGAUGUGGUGGGAGGUCAAGGAUUCAAGUCUUGUCUUUCAUCAAUUGCCACAAUAUGUAGGCAACUUCAAAAAAAUCUAUACGGAUGUAUAGUGCACCUGGUUCGAUUGUG